AAGCGCCAUGGCAACUGGAGGAGCUCAAACGCCUUGUGUGUUCUGAUCGUGGGAGACUGUUCACCGAGUCCACAAUCAAGUCAGCCUCUUGUAGCUAGUCAGUAGGCUGAUUUCCUUGAUAAUUUCCUCAAGAAAAUAUUUUCGAUAGGCAUUCUUUAAUUGUAGAAUUAGAUCAUCAUUAAAUAUCAUUUAGUUAUAACUACCACAAUUACUUGAGCUAACUUAGCUAGCUAACCAUAUCACCGAAGGUGGGCACAAUAUCAGAUAGAAAGCUAUCUAGCCAACUCAGUUCUUCGGCUUACUAGCUAGUUACAGCUGUAUCCAAGCUUAGACUAGUGAGGUAGCUGAGGUUAAGGAACUAAGAAGGGUGUUCAAAAGAAGGCUGUGCUCUGUCUUUCUGAACAGAUCCAAGGAAUGCUCGAAUCAAUUAAAGUAACCGAGAGGCUCCACUGGCCAGAACUGGAGCUGUCAAAGAAGUACCUUCUGAGUCCCACAGAUAGGCCUGUCAGCCUUAGCCAAAUUAGCUUACAGAAGCUCUCAUCCAGUGUGCUAAAGGAUAUCUUUACCACCGGCACCAGCAGCUACAAUGUGCUGCUGCAGACUGCAGAGGAGAGGAAGAGCCCUAAACACUCUCCCUACAAGAAGCCCCGCACGCCUGGGCGAUGCUCCUCCUCCGCACACGGGAAGGACCGCGGUCAGCAGGCUCUCGGCCCGGCACCCCUGGCGGGGCCCGAGCGGUGCGGGAGCCCCAAACCGUCGACCCGCGCAUCGGGGGUCCCCCGGCCAGGCCACGCCAUCAAGGUGACCGGCAGCACCAUAGGCCUGGCGCCGCGCCCGCGAGUCCCCGCCAGGAAGCUGAGCUCCUCCUGCGGCGUCCCCCGCACAAGGCUGCCCCUGCUGGCCGCGGGCAGCGCCGCGCGCGACGGGGAGAACUCCGCCAGGAAGCUGUGCAUCCUCUCCGCCAUCAAGCCCACCAACGUGGACAAGGAGAAGGCCAAGUUCUUCAAGUCCGACUUCACAUACAACCCGCAGUUCGAGUACAGCAACCCGGUGUCCCCGCUUGUGCUGGCUCGGCACAACAACGCCUCUGACAAGUUCCUCACGCAGGCUGUGCGCAUCCUGGAGCUGGCUGUGCAGAAGUACGGAAACUAUGAGAAGUUUGAGCAGGCCACAGGAGGAAGCCUGCUCACCAAGAGCCGCAUCGGGUACCAUGUAAAGAAGUACAUGGAAAAAGAGGGCUGUAUGGGGGAGAUUGUGGUCCACCUGACUGAUGACCUUCUCUCUAGAGCUUCAAUGACCGUGGUGAACGGUCGCCCCACACUGACCAUCAACAUCUCCACAGCCCGGGAGCACUGGCUGGAGGGUAUGCUGAGGCACGAGAUAGGCACCCACUACUUCCGGGGCAUCAACAACAGCCAGCAGCCGUGGAGCAGCGGCGCGGGGCGGAAGAGGCUGGGCCUGAGGCCCCUGAACCCCACCGAGGAGGGCCUGGCCAGCAUCCACAGCGUGCUCUUCCGCAGGGACCCCACGCUGUGGCGCGCCGCCCUGCUCUACUACACCGUGCACCAGGCCGGGCGCCUGUCCUUCUGCCAGCUCUUCCAGAGCCUGGGCCGCUUCGUCCGGGACCCCAACACCCGCUGGGACUACUGCGUCCGCGCCAAGAGGGGGCAGAUCGACACCGGCCAGCCAGGCUGCUUCAGUAAGGAUCAGGUUUACCUGGACGGCGUCCUGAAGAUCCUGAGGCACAGACACAAUAUUGACUUCCUGCUCUUAACUGCGCUGGGGAAGGUCUCUUAUGAGGAUGUGGACAGGCUGGUGGGUCUAGCAACCAUGGAGCACGUGCGGAUCCCCCACUUCCUCCAGGACCAGGCACGCUACAGAGAGCAGCUUGACAAGAUCAUGGAGGUCAACCAGCUGACGGAUGAGGAACUGCAGGCGCUCAUAUGAGCAUGCUCAGAAAGCACCCAAAUGUCCUACAGUAACCCGGCCUGCAGCUCGUGCCUGCCCAGAGCUGCCUGUCACUACAGUACAUCAGCUGUCCCGAUAUGUGUGAAAUCUGUAGUAUUUAAAAGCUUUUUUUGUAAACUGUACCGGUAUGUCUCUUUGACAUUUUACUCCGGAAGUGUACUUUUGCCCUGGUUUGUUUCCCAAAGAGCACAUAUUCCUGAGUUUUACAGAGCUUUUUCUGUUGUCUUUGAUCAGGGAAUCAUUAAUGAAACAGGGUCUCACUGUUUGCACUUUGAUUUGUUGUACAUAACCUUUGACUUUUGAAUCACUCUCUUCUUUAAAUGGCUUAAGCACAGAUAAUGGUAGUUUCAACUGCACUUUUUAGAACGAUGUUUGAAGUUUACAGUGCAUUUAUUGGUUACACUGUUUAACUACUGAACACUGUGACAUUCGAUUUUACAGUGCUGUGUUGUAGACGUUUUUAUCAAACGUUGCCUGUCUGCUCUUACCAGUGCUUUCGGGAUAUGACCCCAAUUACUCUGGUAUUUGUAUGUAAUGUUGCACAAGCUCCUCUGCUGCUUUGCAGUGAUGUGCAGAGACACCUUAAAUAAACUCAAUACAACACCA